AUGUCUCGUCUUGAAGCUAAAAAACCUCCAUUAUUUAUUAGCGAGCCGUUAGCUGAAGAUGUAGUUGGUCAGUCGCUGUCUCUGCUAAGUGGGAUAUUAAAGUCUUGCUAUGGUCCCACUGGCAGGCUCAAACAGCUGCACAACGGUGUGGGAGGUUACGUUUGUACAACUUCACAGUCUUCAGCUCUACUCGGUCGUCUUUCGGUCAGUCAGCCUGUGGUAAGGGUUUUGACGGCCUCUGUGCAGAACCAUGUCUCCCGCUUCAGUGACUGUGGCUUAUUUACUGCUAUUCUUUGCUGUAGUUUGGUUGAAAACUUUAAGAGCCUAAAUAUUGCACCUUGCACUGUCAUUAAAAUAAGCAGGCAUCUUCUGAGUUUGUGUCUGGACUACCUGAAAUCGGAGGCCUGUGGUUGCCGAGUGUCUGUGGAUUUCAGCAGCGUUGAGACUCUGCUUGGUUUGGUCCGUAGCGUGUUAAGCAGCAAGCCUGCUUGCAUGCUUCAUAAAAGGGAAGUUGAUCAUCUUGCUGUGCUGAUUUUAAAGGCUUUUAUGUUUACUGUUCCAUGUCACGGUGAGACUAAUGCUGCUCUAGGAAAGUGUAUAAUAGUACCCAUGAAAAGGAGAAGAGUUAUGAAUUCUAUGGUUCUUCCCGGACUACUGAUAGAAACGCCAGAAAUUCAAUGGGCAAAGCCACUUACCGUCAGAAGGACUCAUUCAGACGUGAUUAAGAUAGCUCUUUUCUGUGCCUCCAUGGCAGGAGACUGCCUCUUCCCUGAAGAAGGAACGGUGACGGUCCAUCAUGGGAUUUCUCUAGAAAUGGCAGAGCUGAAUCAGUUGCUUAAUGUAGGAAAGCAGCUGGUUAACGAUGAAGUUGGCCUUGUAGUGUGCCAGAAAGUUAUCCAUCCGGCCUUGAAGCAGUAUCUGAAAGAGAACCGUGUCAUGACUGUGGACAGAGCUGGGCUGUCUCUCAUGGAGCCCCUGAGUCAGAUGACAGGUUCCAAGCCUAUAGCUUCCAUACAUGCGUUGUCUCCUAGUUGUUAUGGCACUUUGAAAGAUGUACGCAUUGAGAGUUUCGCUUCAAAACAUUUUGUGCAUCUAAUUCCUAAUGACACAGUUGUCUGCAGCCUGAUACUCUGUAACAGAAAUGAAACGGCAUGGGAUGAAUUGAAGCGUGCCUGUGAAACUGCAGAGCAUGUGUUGCAGCUAAUAGUCAAGGAACCUCUGGCAUUAUUAGGAGGUGGCUGUACAGAAACUCACCUGGCUUCGUACAUAAGACACAAGACUUGUUAUCUGCCUCCCAGCAGUUUUAAAGGCAUGGGCUGUUCUCGUACACAAUACCAAUUGGUUGCUGAUGGUUUUUGCCGUUCCCUGGAGUCAGUAGCUUCCUCUCUAAAUCACGAUGAUGGAGAAGUUCUUACAGACAUGGUUUAUGGACACUGUUGGUUUGUCCCGUCAGGUUUUCCCUCUGUCCAUAACUGGACAGAUUUAGUUUCAAAAUGUGGCUGUGGGAUUAAUGGUAAUGCUGAGAAUCUCAGCUGGAGGCUUUUGCAAGGCCAGUUUGGCUGUGCCACUCUACAGGGCUGCCCCAAAGAGCCCUCGGUAAAGACUGCCGACCGUCUGACGUUGGACUCUUUUGUUGCGAAGUGUAGCGGCCUACAAGUAGCUCUGGAGACAGCCAAUCUGAUUUUGGAUCUCUCGUAUGUCGUUGAAGAUCAGAAUUAG